UAUACAUUUAUUAAAAAAUAAUGAUUAUUGAGGCAAAUUCUUUGGCAGAAGAAUUACGAGGUGUUUCAAGGUACGAAAAAGUAAAUAAAAAAAUAAUUUCAAUAAGAUUGCUUAUGUAUCAAUUUUUUUGAUUGGAUUACUUGUCAUAAAAACAGAUGAUGCAUAUAUUACGUGUUAAAGUUCAAAUGAGUUUGAAGGAGUAAUUUGGGAACUAGGUUUGCUACCGUUAGCUUUUAUUGGUGAUAUUAGUAAAAACUUGAACAUAAAUAUUUUUAUUGUGGGAUUAGUUCAAUUUUUGAUUUGUCAAUUAAGGCUUCAAUUUACUAUGAUAAAUUUGCUCUACAAAAUAUUAGGUUAAGGAAAAAUAGUAUUAUAAUGAAUAUAUUUAAGAGACAUAUAGCUUACUUUACCUUAUUCCAUUGAUAACAAAUAUAAUGCUACCUCAUUAAAAGUUAUUUUUUGGUUUUGCAUAAUUUAUAUUGAUAUUGUUGAUUAUAAUGUUAAAUAAAACUUUAAUCUAGGAGAAAUAGCACAAACCAAAAAUUAAUUUAAAAUUUUACACAAGUAGAUUGAUAGCAUGUAUUAUAUUAAUGCAAAAAUUGGAUAUGGUUAAUAGUAAUUUUUAUGAAAAUCAAGUGAUUUUUAUGGGUAUUAUUUUAAAGUAUUCAAUAGUUCUUAGUUUACCUGUUGUUAAAUUAAUAAGCAGUUGUGUACCAGAUAUAGUAUUUGGAAUAGUAUUCUUGAUUUACUUUUACUUUAGUAAAGGAUAUCUAUUUUUUGAAAUUGUGUUGUAGAGUGUACUUAUUUGUUUUGUAAUUUUGAAACUGUUACCUGUAAUAAUGGAUUAAAAAUUUUCAAGUAUAUUAAUAGAUUAAUAAAAAUAGUGAUAAUCUCGUUGCUUUUGCCAAUAGUAAUAUUAACAUUUCCAUUAACAGAGUAUUUUUAUGUGUUAUUGAUAUUGUUAUAAAUUAGUGAGCCACCAUAAAACUUAUAUGAAUAGAUUGAAUUAUGA